AUGUCGGACACCCGGCGGCGGGUGAAGGUCUAUACCCUCAAUGAGGACCGGCAAUGGGACGACAGGGGCACCGGGCACGUUUCCUCCACCUACGUGGAGCGGCUCAAGGGGAUGUCGCUGCUGGUGCGGGCCGAGUCGGACGGUUCUCUAUUGUUGGAAUCAAAGAUAAAUCCAAACACUGCAUAUCAAAAACAGCAGGACACCUUGAUUGUUUGGUCAGAAGCAGAGAAUUAUGAUUUAGCGCUGAGUUUUCAAGAAAAAGCUGGCUGCGAUGAAAUUUGGGAAAAAAUCUGCCAGGUUCAAGGUAAAGAUCCAUCAGUGGAAGUCACGCAGGACCUUAUUGAUGAAUCCGAAGAAGAACGCUUUGAAGAAAUGCCUGAAACUAGUCAUUUGAUUGAUCUUCCUACUUGUGAACUCAACAAACUUGAAGAGAUUGCUGAUCUAGUUACCUCUGUUCUCUCCUCACCCAUCCGUAGAGAAAAGUUAGCGCUUGCCUUGGAAAAUGAAGGCUACAUUAAAAAACUAUUGCAGCUUUUCCAGGUUUGCGAGAAUCUAGAGAACACUGAAGGUUUACAUCAUUUGUAUGAAAUUAUUAGAGGAAUUUUGUUCCUCAAUAAAGCAACUCUGUUUGAGGUAAUGUUUUCUGAUGAGUGUAUUAUGGAUGUUGUGGGAUGCCUCGAGUACGACCCUGCUUUGGCUCAGCCAAAAAGGCACAGGGAGUUCUUGACCAAAACAGCAAAAUUUAAAGAGGUUAUACCUAUAACAGACUCUGAACUUAGGCAAAAGAUUCAUCAGACUUACAGGGUACAAUACAUUCAGGACAUCAUCUUGCCAACACCGUCAGUUUUUGAAGAGAAUUUUCUUUCUACCCUCACUUCCUUUAUUUUCUUCAACAAAGUUGAGAUUGUCAGUAUGUUGCAGGAAGACGAGAAGUUUCUGUCUGAAGUUUUUGCACAAUUAACAGAUGAAGCUACAGAUGAUGACAAAAGACGUGAAUUGGUUAACUUUUUCAAGGAGUUCUGCGCAUUUUCUCAGACAUUACAACCUCAAAACAGAGAUGCGUUUUUCAAAACUUUGGCAAAGUUGGGAAUUCUUCCUGCUCUUGAAAUAGUAAUGGGUAUGGAUGACUUGCAAGUUAGAUCAGCUGCUACAGAUAUAUUUUCUUAUCUAGUAGAAUUUAGUCCAUCCAUGGUCCGAGAAUUUGUAAUGCAAGAAGCCCAACAGAGUGAUGAUGAUAUCCUCCUCAUCAAUGUAGUUAUUGAGCAAAUGAUCUGCGAUACUGACCCUGAGCUUGGUGGGGCUGUUCAAUUAAUGGGGCUCUUACGUACUCUGAUUGAUCCAGAGAAUAUGUUGGCCACAGCUAAUAAAACAGAGAAAAGUGAAUUUCUCAAUUUCUUCUACAACCAUUGUAUGCAUGUUCUCACCGCACCACUCUUGGCUAAUACUUCAGAAGACAAAUGUGAAAAAGAUGCAGUAGUUGGGUCCAACAAGAGUAACACUAUUUGUCCUGAUAAUUAUCAAACAGCACAGCUGCUUGCCUUGAUUUUGGAGCUGCUCACCUUUUGUGUGGAACACCACACAUAUCACAUCAAGAAUUAUAUUAUGAACAAAGAUUUGCUAAGAAGAGUAUUGGUCUUGAUGAAUUCAAAACACACAUUUUUGGCCUUGUGUGCUCUUCGCUUUAUGAGGAGGAUAAUUGGCCUGAAGGAUGAAUUUUAUAACCGUUAUAUCACCAAGGGGAACCUGUUUGAGCCAGUUAUAAAUGCUCUUUUGGAUAAUGGAACUAGGUACAAUCUGCUGAACUCGGCUGUAAUUGAACUGUUUGAAUUCAUCAGAGUGGAAGAUAUCAAGUCACUUACUGCACAUAUAGUUGAAAACUUUUAUAAGGCACUUGAAUCUAUUGAAUAUGUUCAGACAUUCAAGGGGCUGAAGACUAAAUAUGAGCAAGAAAAAGACAGACAAAAUCAGAAAUUGAACAGCGUCCCAUCCAUAUUGCGUAGUAACAGAUUUCGCCGAGAUGCAAGAGCCUUAGAGGAGGAUGAAGAAAUGUGGUUCAAUGAAGAUGAAGAGGAAGAAGGUGAAGCUGUUGUACCUCCAAUAGAGAAAUCAAAACAAGAGGAUGACUUUCCAGAUAGUUAUGAAAAGUUUAUGGAAACUAAAAAAGCUAAAGAGAGUGAAGACAAAGAGAAUCUCCCAAAAAGGACUUCAGCUGGUGGAUUCAAAUUCACUUUUUCCCACUCUGCCAGUGCAGCUAAUGGAGCAAAUAGUACAAACAAUAAAUCUGUAGCAGCUCAGACAUCACCAGCAAGUUCUAAUGGUUCCUCUUCAAAGAACACAAACUUGACUACAGCGGUAACAACCGCUAAGGGAAGUCUAGUUGGCCUAGUGGAUUAUCCAGAUGAUGAAGAGGAAGAGGAAGAAGAGGAGACAUCCCCAAGGAAAAGACCUCGUCUUGGUUCAUAAAAACAUUGGGAUAAAUUUAUAUUGUGAGGUCUUAAAUGCUGCAACUGAUCGAAGAGCUAAAGAGAGUCUGAAUCAGAAAGCUUUCUCCCU